GCGGCGGCCAUUUCUCUAGACGCUCCGCGGCUGGUUUCUACAGCGGCAGCUCUAGACACGAGGAGUCGGCGGCAGCUGGGUCGGCGGAGGGGGGUCUACAACGUCCGCCCGUAUUCGCGAUGAGUUUACCCCUCAAUCCCAAGCCUUUCCUCAACGGAUUAACAGGAAAGCCAGUGAUGGUGAAGCUGAAGUGGGGGAUGGAGUACAAGGGCUACCUGGUCUCCGUAGAUGGCUACAUGAACAUGCAGCUUGCAAAUACAGAAGAAUACAUAGACGGGGCAUUGUCUGGACAUCUGGGUGAAGUUUUAAUAAGGUGUAAUAAUGUCCUUUAUAUUCGAGGUGUUGAAGAGGAAGAAGAGGAUGGGGAAAUGAGAGAAUAGCAUCUUUUGUGUGUUUGUUUUUAUAUAUAUAUUUCUAGACAAUAAAGAUGUGUUGUUUUUCAACUUGA